AUGCUCUUCCUUAGUGACACAUCUACUUAUGGUGGGCCGACACUAUAUUAUAGUAAUUGGACAUUAAUUGAUACACUGACAUGGACCAUCAGUUUUCCUACGGUGCAAAACAACCCCCCUCCGCGUAUUGAUCAUACGGCAACUAUGAUAUCCAACAAGUAUAUUCUUAUAAUUGGCGGUGUUGUCUAUUCGCAUGAUGUCACUGAUCCUGCCGGAAAAUUUACGUUGAAUCCAGUUUCCAUGAGCUCGUUGUUAUUAUUCGAUAUACCCAAUAAUCGAUGGAUUAAUAUUACAGCCGGAGGAAACAUUCCUGCUCCCAGAAGAGGUCACUCUGCUGUACUAAGCCUUGAUGGUAAAAGUGUAAUUAUUUUCGGUGGUGGUAUGCCAGAAGAUGGACAUGGUCAAUUAAAUGAUGUCUUUAUAUUAGAAUUAGAAACUAUGCGAUGGAAAGCGCCUUCUAUAAAAGGUGUGCCUCCAAAACCAAGAAGAUAUCACAAAGCUUAUUUGGUGGAUGAUGUCUUGCUAGUUACAUUCGGCUUGGGUGGAGACGAGAAAGGAUUCGAUGAUGUGAAUAUUCUGAGCACUUCCAGUUGGUCAUGGAUUACACAAUAUACAGCCAAUACAGCAUGGUUAGCAGGCAACACCACGAACGGUGUAGUCAAAAACAAUACAGGUAAUAAGAUGUCAUACGACCCCAAUGGUAAAAAAAAUGAGGCUGAUCAUGAUAAUUCAUCAGAGACUCGUAUCAAGGCAGGUGUCAUUGCAGGUGUUGUGAGUGGAGGAGUAGUGAUUGUAAGUAUAAGAUAUGCAUUAAAACGAAAUGAAUCAUUGAUCAAUUAUUAUUUAUCAUAG